CGCCACGUUCUCUCUCUCUCUCUCUGUCCCUUCCCCCUCUCUCUCUCUCUCUCUCUCUCUCUCUCUCUCCAGCCUCCGCGCCGCCGCAAUGCACCGCCGCCUCCACCAGCCCCACGUUCCCUCCUCCGAAUCUCCCGCCCCUUCCGAAUCCUCCGACGACGCCAAGCGCGGCAAGAAGCGGGGCAGCUACAACUGCGGCCGCUGCGGCCUGCCCAAGAAGGGCCACUCCUGCCACGCCGGCUCCUCCUCCGCCGACUCCGACUCCCCCUCCGCCGCCGUCGCCUCGUCCACUCCUGUCAGCGCCGCCGUCGCCGCCUCCUCGUCCUCGGCAUCCGCGUCCGCCCUCGCCCUCGCCCCGCCGUCGCUCUCCUCCUCCGCCCGCCCUCCCCAGCCGCCGCCCCUCCUCCCGCGCCACCCGAUCUCCCACCUCCGCCGCGCGCUUUCCUUCGACGACCUCGACGUCCGCCCCGACGAGGGGGAGGACUUCGACGACGUCGAGCCGGAUCUCGACGAGCGGGAGCAGGAUUUCGUGGACGGGGAUGCGGAUGCGGGCGGGUUGCCCGCGAGGUGCCUGUGGGAGGUCCUGAGGAGGCUGCCACCGGCGGAGCUGCUCGCGGCGGCCAGAGUGUGCAAGGGGUGGCGGGAGACCUCGAGGAGGGUGUGGAGGGCUGCCGAGGAUCUGAAGCUCAGCGUUCCUUCGAGAGCUCAGCUCUGUUUCGUCGGAUCGGUGUUGAAUAAGUGCCCUGGGCUCGUUAGACUGUCUCUGAGGAUGGAAAGUGAUGUAGAUGCGACAAUGUUAGCUUGCAUUGCGUUCUCAUGCCCUAACUUGGAGUCUAUGGAGAUCUCAACAUCCUCUACUGCUGUCAACCGGAUUACAGGAGAUGAAUUGGGUCGUUUUGUUGCUGACAAACGAUGCCUAACCUUUCUUAAAAUGGAAGGUUGCUCUAACCUUGGGGGUUUGGUUCUCAGCUCAUCAAGUCUUUCUACGCUCUGGCUUUCUGAUCUUUACUCCCUCUCGAAGAUGGUUUUUAACUGCCCCAACUUAAGAGAAAUCUCCUUGGAAUUUUCUCGCAAUGGAAAUGAUUGUACAGAUUUGAUUGCCAUGGUUGAUGGUUUGGGAAGGAGCUGUCCAAGAUUACAAAAUAUUCACAUUGCAUCGGUUCGGCUUUCCCAUGCUGUUGUACUAGCUCUCACAGCUUCAAAUUUAAGGGGUUUGCGGAUGCUCUCACUUGUGCUUGGAUCAGAAAUCACUGAUGCAUCUGUUGCUGCUAUUGCUUCAAGCUUUUCGGAUUUAGAAUUGCUUGAUCUCAGUGGGUCAAGCAUUAGUGACAGUGGCAUUGGGAUGAUAUGCAAUGUUUUUCCUGAAACGUUAUCAAGACUCCUACUUGCCCUUUGUCCUAACAUCUCUUCAAGUGGAAUUCAAUUUGCCACAGCUCAGUUGCCUCUUCUAGAACUCAUGGACUGUGGAAUGACCCUAUGUGAUGCUAAUGACGAAAGCCUCAUCUCUGAUGAAGCCAUCGACCAUGGGAUGGAGAAAAGGCCCAAUGGCAAUCUUCACCUUAUACACCAGAAGCUUAUUAUUAAGCAUAGCAAAUUGAAAAAACUCAGCUUGUGGGGUUGUAGCGGCUUAGAUGCCCUGUAUUUAAAUUGCCCAGAGUUGAACGACCUGAAUCUCAAUGCCUGUAAAAAUCUGCUCCCUGAUCGAUUGCUAAUUCAAUGCCCCAGUUUAGAGAAUGUAUAUGCAUCGGGUUGCCAAGAAUUGUUAAUAGAGGUUAUUCAAAACCAGGUCAACAACGAUUCUUUUCCUGUGGAAUGCCAUCUGCCCUAUAAACGUCUGGCGGAUGGUUCCAAGAGAAUUAGGGUUCCUCAUUUUCUGUGCCAACAGCAAUUUGAUGUUGAUAAGCAGAGAAGUAGGAGGCGGCUGUGUAAUGUGCUUGUAGAAUGAUUAUACAUGUGGAUAGUUUUGACAAUCGACAUGGUGACAGCUUCACUUAUUUGUUGUCAUAUUACUGCCGACUACCGAGGCCCUGUAGACCAACAACUUGUGGGUUCCCAACAUCAUUGCCGGUUGCUGAUGCCUCGUGGAAUUCUUUUAGGCGUUGCAUGGGCCCCCGAUCACUAUACUAGAAAACACUCUGGAGCUUAGCUUCAGCAGCAUAACUCCAUUCCAAAAUAAAGUUAUCACCUCAUGUAAUUUCUGUGCAAACUGUCUUUGGAUCCGGAGUCUCAUGCAAUGACUACUUUACUGAGAAUUUACAUUGGAGCAUAAACUGUUGCUGCUAAUAUUCAUCUGCUUUAAUAUCAGGGGUUAAGAGGAACUCUGCAAGACUGAGUUUGGUAGAUAUACUAGGUUUCAGCCAUAAAGUUUGCACUGUGCUAGUUGGGAAUACGAUGCUCAUGGUUAUCUUGACUAGGAGGCCAACAUGUAAUGCCUGAUAAAC